AACACGUUCAAAACAUCAAUAUGUACACAUUUCCCUCAUGCUCAGAUCAAAGACUGACGAUUUAAUACCCCAAAAGCAAGUUUCUUCUUGCUCAUUGCAGAAAUGGAGAAUAACAUCGAAGUUCCGGAAGACAAGAUCGAGGAGAGCAGGGUAGAGAGAGGCCUGACUGUGGCGGAGAAGCAACUUCUCUGGGCCGCCUCUUCAGGAGACGUGGAGGCGGUCAGCGGCCUGCUGACGAACGGCGAGGGGAACAUUGACGUCAACUGCAGGGAUUUGCUGGGGAGAUCUGCCGUGGAACUGGCCGUCGAUGGAGGACGCAUUGAAGUAGCUGCAACGUUGCUGCAGUAUGGUGCCAAUCCGGGAGAGGCGCUGCUGUACGCCGUAGACAACGAAGACACGGCUACGGUUCGGCAGCUCCUGAAAUUUUCCACCACAGGGGACAUGCCUUCGCCUAUCGCCUUCCCGUCUGAAAUGACGCCGAUUGUUCUCGCCUGUCACAAGAACAGCCUUCCUCUCAUCAAGGUCCUGGUUGACCAGGGACAGUUUAUCCCCGAUCCUGCCGUCCUCGGCAGUGACCACAUCUCCAGCGACGCCAGUCUGAACCUGUACCGCGGCCUGGCCAGUCCCUACUACAUCCUCCUCACCAACGACGACCCUCUCCGUCGGGCCUUCGUACUCAGCACAACGCUAGACGAUCUAGCGGCGAAGGCACCCGAAGUGGAAGAAGACUACGCGGAGAUGGCCGAAGAAUGCCGAAGCUUAAGCGUCGGUCUACUCGACCAAGUUCGGAACCGAGACGAGGCGGCGGCCAUCUUGAACUGUGGAGACGAAGUUUCACCACUGAUACACGGUGACAACUGUCAGAUGCAGCUGUCAAGACUGGACAUGGCUGUGGAUCACGAGCAAAAAAAGUUCGUGACACACAGAUGGAGCCACCGGCUGAUGAAGGAGUGCUGGUACGGGCCGCAUCUCAACCCGACCGCCAGCCUGACUAAGUACCUCCGCGCCGGCACGCUGCUGCUGCUGACCCCGAUCCUGGCCCUGAUCUACCUCCUCGCACCCGAGAGCCGCGCCGGCCGCUUCAUCCGCACACCGGCCGUCCGGUUCGCCAUGUACCUGUCCUCCGUCCUGGUCUUCAUCCUCCUGGUCAUCAUGCGGGCAGAAAAAGUCGGCUACGACGGGCCAGACGGAGGUCAUCUGGCACCAGACGGGACAGUACCGGAGUGGAUCAUCUUUGUGUGGAUUCUCGCUCUGCUGUUGGAAGAGGGAAGGUUCAUGGUAAAGUUAGGUCCGCGAGCUUCCCUAAAUUCCAAUGGUGUGACGGCCUGGCUUAUCAUCAUCAUCUACCUGGCAGCUUUUAUUCUGAGGGUUGCAGCUUCUGUUGAGCAUGGUGGACCGAAGAGCAUCCUCCGUUUCCGAUGGGACGCUUACGACACGACUCUCAUCGCCGAAGCCCUGACGUCCAUCGGCUGCGUGCUGGUCAUCCUGCGGCUCCUGCCCCUCUUCAUCCUGGACCGCAUCCUCGGCCCGCUGGCCCUCUCCAUGAGCCGAAUGGUCAAGGACAUCAUCAAGUUUCUCGUCAUCUUCUUCGUCAUCGUCAUCGCGUUCUCCGCGGCGCUGAACGAACUGUACUACUUCUACGGUCAGCAGAUCGACUCGCUUUGUUCCACAGCGUCCGCAAACUUCACCUCGCCGCUAGUGAAUACCGACUGUGAUACCAGCAAUGCGUUUUACAGGUUCCAAGGCGCGUUUGAAGAGCUGUUUUGGUCACUCUUUGGUCUGGGGAGUAAAGACACCCUCGACCUGAGCAUUAACCCGAAGGCCAACAGUGGCAGCGACCUACAGGAGCACACCCUGACCAUGUACAUAGGUGAGGCUCUGUACGGGCUGUACAUGGUGGUAGCCGUGGUCGUUCUACUCAACAUGCUCAUCGCCAUGAUGAGUAACUCCUACCAACAAAUCGCGGACAACGAGACGACCGAGUGGCGCUUCGAAGUGACGAAGUUGAUGCUGCGAUACAUCCGUGACGACACGACUCUCCCCGUCCCCUUCAACCUCAUCCCGACUCCCAAGUUCAUCUACAACAACGUCAUCAAGAGGUUCUGCCAGAAGAACCGAUAUAAAUCCGACCAGCAUUGCAAGCUGCAAGCAAAGGCAGAAAACAACCGUCGGUACAAGGACGUCCUAUCCCGGCUGGUCAGACGUUACCUGCUGCUCCACGCACGUGAGAAGGGCGUCGAGCCGAUCUUUGCAGACGUCACCACUGACGAGCCCGUCGUCACCAUGACAACCGAAACGUCAAUUAAAGCGGAACCAGACGGCAUGCCUGUGGGUUCGCCGGAACCGUCCAAGCGUAAACAAGUGGGCGGGGCCGGGGAGGGCGUUUGGGCCAAGAUUUUGGUCGGGCCUCAACAGGAAGAAGCGGAAGGAGAGGAACACUCGUGUUAGAGGUCUUUGAUCGUCUUUUGUAUCUUCAGAGAAGUAAUGAUAAGAAAGUAGUUUUGUCAGAAAAAUAACUGAAAACUUUUAAGAAAAUCGUAUAAAAAGAGCUGUAACACCCGACAAAAGUAAUUAUGGCAGAGUUAUACUGCGGUGUGUAUAGUGCUUAAUAGAAAUCACGUAUUGCUAUCAGUACUAAUUAAGAUUGACAUGAUAUGAUUUGAAAUCUGGGAGACUUAUCAAGAUAAGAUAAAAUGUUAUGUUUAUUUGUAUAACUGUGAAGCACUGUGCAGACGUCGUAUCAUCACCCCAAGCAGUAUGUUUGUAUAUCGUAUACUGUCCAUGUACAUGUACCACAUGUAUG